CAAAAACUAAAAAGAAGAGCCGGCAUUCGUAUGAUUGAAGUGAAAUUUAAUUAAGUAUAGGGAAAGUAACGCGUUUCAAUUCAUCAAAUACUAUUAUUAUUAGUUUUUUUGGCCAAAAAACUGGAGAGAAUAUUAUGAUUAAUUUUCAUCUACUUAUAAAUUAUGAUUGAUUUCCAUUGUUGGACCCACGUACUUCUUUUUAGACUAUAUAUUUGUACGCCACUAAUUAUAAAUUUAUAAUCCUCAUAUUAUAGUUAUAUUACAUACCAAGCCAGUUCAUUAUUCAUCUUUAUUAUUUUAUUAAUAUUGAUUUAUGUUAUAUGUUUUUAUUAUUAUUUUUCUCACAUCUACGUGUUGUCUGAUUUGACUUUGCUAAAUGAAUCAGCUACCUCUUAAUUAUGGUAACUAUAUAUGAAACCCCAUUCUCUCAUUCUCAUAAGUACUUACUCAUUGUCUAUUUCUCCCUCAGAAGAGUACUUCCACCACACCUUUUCUUUUCUUUUCUUUUCUUUUAUAGUACUGUUCUCUAAAUCAGAACUGUACGAACACAUAUAACACUAUAUCCAAAUUAUGGUGGUGCUCAAUCUGGCAAAAGGUGCCGUAAGGCGCUUUGCCCUCGUUAUUCUGGUAUUGGGCCUUGUUUGUGCUGAGGAUCCGUACAGAUUUUUUGACUGGACUGUUACCUAUGGUGAUAUCUACCCUCUUGGAGUUAAACAAAGGGGAAUUCUUAUCAAUGGCUUAUUUCCGGGGCCUAACAUUUAUGCUGUUACCAACGAUAAUCUGAUUAUAAAUGUUAAGAACAACUUGCCAGAACCUUUCCUCCUUUCAUGGAGUGGUCUACAAAAUAGGAAAAAUUCUUAUCAAGAUGGAGUUUCUGGCACAACAUGUGCCAUCCCACCAGGGAAGAACUAUACCUACAAAUUACAGGCCAAAGAUCAAAUUGGAAGCUUCUACUAUUUUCCAUCGACUGCUUUCCAUAAGGCUGCUGGUGGCUUUGGAGCCAUUAAAAUCCUUAGCAGGCCAAGAAUCCCAGUCCCAUUUCCUCCACCUGCUGCUGACUACAGCAUCCUCAUUGGAGAUUGGUACAAGACUGACCAUGAGAAAUUGAAGUCUAUUCUCGACAAUGGUCGUAGACUUACUUCUCCAGAUGGAAUUUUGAUAAAUGGCCGUGGAUCAAACGCAGUUUUCACAAUUGAACAAGGUAAAACGAUUAGACUGAGAGUAUCAAAUGUUGGGCUACAAAACUCGCUUAAUUUCCGAAUUCAAGGGCAUACUAUGAAGUUGAUAGAAGUUGAAGGAAUCCACACCAUCCAAACAACUUAUGACUCACUUGACAUACACGUGGGACAAUCCUAUUCGGUGCUAGUCACAGGCAACAAGGCCCCACAAGACUACUACAUUGCCGUCUCAACUCGCUUCUCCGAAAAGGCCAUGACCGCCACUGCCAUCCUUAAAUACAAAAACUCGGCCCGUAAAGUGUCUGGCCCAAUUCCUGCCGGGCCCAAUCCGGGCAUCGAUUGGUCUCUCAAUCAGGCCCGUUCUAUUAGGAACAAUGGAACAGCUAGUGGACCCAGGCCCAACCCACAAGGGUCGUACCCGUACUGGAAUAUACCCAUUUCAAGGACCAUAACGCUAGAGAGCUCAGCGGCGCAAGUGGGUGGAAAGCAAAGAUACGCCAUUAACAGUAUCUCGUACAAGCCUGCUGACACUCCUCUUAAGCUUGCAGAUUACUAUAAGAUCCCAGGUGUCUUCCGGGUGGGUAGCAUGCCCGACAACCCGACCCGAAAACCCAUAACCCUUGACACGGCUGUUCUAGGAGCUGACUACAGGGCUUUUAUCGAGAUUAUUUUCCAGAAUCACGAAGACAUUAUUCAGAGCUAUCACAUUAACGGAUAUUAUUUCAGGAUCGUCGGAAUGGAUAAAGGAGUGUGGAGCAAGAAUAGUAGAAAGCAAUACAAUAUGGUAGACGCAGUCUCACGAUACACUACACAGGUAUACCCAAAGUCUUGGACGGCUGCUCUUGUAGCACUGGAUAAUGUGGGUAUGUGGAAUGUGAGGAGCGAGUUUUGGGCAAGGCAAUAUCUAGGACAACAGUUUUACAUGAGAGUAUAUACCAAUUCCAACUCAACUAGGGAUGAGUACCUCAUUCCUCCUAAUGCUUUGAAGUGUGGCAGAGUUUUUGGCCGCAAGCCUUGAUGACAUUUUUAUUUGUAUUUACUUUUGGUUCUGGGGUAAACUUUUGUGUGAUUUUAAGUAAUUAAACACGUCUCUACAUCUCUCAAAAUUGGUUGACUAGAUUAUUAUUAUUAUUCGUAACUAACACAAGAGAAGAGAGAGAGAAAAAUGGUGUAUGAGAUGUAGAGGCGUUACAUUCUCAAAUAAUUCAUUGCUUAAUUCUUUUUUGGGGUGUGUUGAGGAGGGCACAAAUGUGACAAAAUUUGUAUGUUGUCACAUAUAGGGUGUCAUUCAUUCGUUCUAUGUUUAUUUGUUGAACUCAUGUUUCAUUUGUUAAGAUAUAUAUUGGCAUGAAAAUUACAGUACUGCUCUGUUACUUAGUUA